AUGAAGUUUUUGCCAUUUAUAUUACCCCUCGCAUAUGCCAUCCAAUGGUUUCCAUUGGACUCCAAGGGCGAACUCCCUCAGUACGAACCUUACACAUUUGGACAAGAAAUCGCAUUUGAUUGCAUACAACGUAAUAUCGAUACUGGUGAACACAAGUUUGAUCAACAGAAUAGAAUCGUCUAUGGACCCUUUCCAAAAUGUGAAGAAACAUCAAAGCCAUUAAGUUUCAAAUACGGAGUCAAUGAGGACUUUAACUGUACAAUCCUGUUUACUGACGAGUUGUUUCAUUUGUUUCAGCUAUACCUUCAUGAAGAUGUUCCAUUCAGUUGCAGAUUACCAUUGAGUUCUGAAGUUGCGUCGAUAGAAAAAGGCGGGGCAUAUGUCCCAUUCACGUUUAGCUUUAGAGGAACUCUAACAGAUUCACACAUAGACGUUGACCAUUCGAUGAAUGUGUUGAUCACAAAACCAACCAGCAAUGAUCCAGAUCAGAAUACAUUUAUAAGUGCAAUUGCAUAUGCUUCAGGAACAAACACAACAAGAACAGUUAUCGGUGACAAACUUACAUUGAACUUUGCGGUAAGGUGGUUGGAUCUGUUGCAACCUAGGGGAUCAACUAAAAGAGGAAAUGGAUUGCCCUACGACGCGGGAUUUUACAAAUUUCCCAUUGAAUUUAUUCCGUUAAGUUAUCAAAUGCUAUACUUUUACAUAGGGUUAACAUCUAUUGUCACAUCUACAUUAGUACUCAUAAUCACAUACAACUGGAUUAGUCUGAAAUUGAGAAAGCACAGGUAUGCAUCUUUGGAUGCGGAAUCUAAACGGGAUUAA